AUGCUCACUCUCACCCUACUUGCGCUUCUCCUCCCGACAACCCUUUGCCAGACCUUCUCACUCGAUAUGGCCUCCGAUCCCACGCGCCAAUCUCUCUCCGCUUCCCUCAUGAACAUAACCUUCUCCAACCCCUCCGACGUCUGCAGCAGUCCCAACACUACCAUCGAUAGCUCCAGCCUUUCCAUUGCCAUCCGGACACUGCCGCAGUCUCGGACGUGCUUCGACUUUGCGAAAAUUUUCCGCAAUCCGGAGAAGACGUAUACUUCCAAAGGUGCAGAUUGCAAGGGUGACGGAUCCUGCGGGGUCAAUUAUACCGUGGUCUCACCUUCCGACUCGUCUGUAUACAGCUCGACAGCGAAUUACAGUCAGGUAUUCUAUACGCAAGUUCAGAACCCUCUCGCUGGAAUUGACUCGAACAGAGCCAACUCGGGAGAAGCUGGACGGCUCGAGAUGGUCGCAUAUCGUGCGCAGGGCUGCAGAGGUCGGAAGGCUAGCUACGAAUGGAACUGUCUUGAGCAGGACGGAAGGUGUGAUUCGAUGCCAUGGCCGGUGAGAAGUUUCAGCGUGGAGAUGACGAAGGCGGGAGAUGUGGGAGUGGGGAGUUGUCGAGCUGCAAAGUUGAACGGAGUGGAUAGGAAGAGGCCGGGAGUGGGUUUCGCUGUGGUGAUCUUUGCAACGAUAUGCGCCAUGAUAGGGUGGUGA